CUUUCAUAGAAGGGCUGCUUCAACUCAAGGGAACAGAGGAGCAUUUAUUGCAACCCUCUAUUGAACUCUGCAGUCAUGAAGAUGAGUCCUCCGGUGCUGCUCUACAUUGCAUCACUGUUGCUAGCAUCAGAAGCCUGGCAGGCAUCUUCAAACCUGACUUGUGUAUAUGACUCAAUGGAAACCAUCAUGUGCAACUGGACCCAAAGUCGAAAUGCCACAGAAGCUCAAUGCAAACUCACUGGCCACGUCGAGACGACGUACCAGCCCAUCUACACCCAGUUGAGGCCACUACCUCCUCAGACAUGUCAGCCACAUGGCGUAGGCACCACCACAAGAAGCUGCAAGCUGAUCUUUGAUGAUGAGACAUACACCUUGACUGUUUCAGACACUAUUCGCCUGGAAAUGUCUUGUCAUGCUGGAGAAAGCUGGAAAAAUGAGUCAAGACGCAUAAUGCCUUUUAUGAACCUUCAGCUCACACCUCCUCACAAUGUCAAAAUGGAAAGUGACAGGAAGCCUUCCUACAAUUUGACGUGGCAACUCUAUAACGUUUCUCAUUACUUAGAUGAAAUACUAGAGUAUGAAGUAUGUUACAAAAAGCCAGAUGAUCCUGCUAAGUCUGCCACAAUCCUGCCCAUUAUUCAUGAUCAGCAGUGGGUAGAAAUUGAGACUCUUUCGCCUGACACAGUGUAUGAGGCGACUGUUCGUGUCAAAUUAAUGACUAAAACGAACAGUGGCCAGCAAUCUUUCUUUGUCUUUCUUUCCCCCCCGCACUUCUUAAUUAUUCCUGAAGAACCACCCUUGCAGACUUUGCGUCUAGUUCUUCUAGCUUUUGGAAUCAGUUUGAUCUCCAUCUUCCUCAUUGCUGCUGUCUUGCUGGUCAAAACACGGACACCAAACUGGCUUCAGAAGAUCCUAAAGAUCCACUUACCAGACCCAGCCAAGUUCUUCCCAUCUCUUACAGCUGUCUAUGAAGGAGAUGUUCAGAAGUGGCUGUCCUCCCCAAUGGCCAUGGAUUCCUUCCACAUCGCUGUUGCAUCCCCAGAUGUCGCUGUCCUUGAGGUACUGCAGAAAGACAACCAGGAUCUUUGCCUCCUCAUUCCCAAGGAAUGUCUCCCUCCCCUGGAUGCUCCAGACACCAGCGGGCAGUCCGUAUCCAGCUGUUUUGUCAACCAGGGCUACUUUUUCUUCCACCACCUUCAAUCCCUUGAGAUUGAGCCUUGCAAGGUAUACUUCACAUAUGACCCCUUUGCUCAUGAAGACAGUGGCAGUGAAGCUGAUGACUCCUACCUAAUGCUCCGCACAACAGGCAGCCACCCACUACUGCCUUCCUACAACCUCAUGGGGAGCCAAGACAGAGUUUCAUUGCUACAAGAAAUGAAGGAGCCAACUCAGAAGGCCCAUCAAGCCAUCAGCCCUUCACCCGUGGGGAGAUCUCCACCUGCAUCAGCAAUGGAACAGACUCAGAAAGUGAAUAAAGCCAUCUUUCCAGUCUCCAUUUCUCUGCACAGGUCUGCCAUGGAUGCUUCAAGUGUCCAUGAGCAGCCUAGCAGUAAUGCUAAUGACAUGGGGGCAAUUACAGAUGUGGCAACUCACACCACCUCUAUAAGAGGUAAUAUGCCUUUGUAUCUCCAGUCCAAUGUUCUGAAUCCAGGCAAACCCAGUGACCUCUGCAGAACUGCAUCCUCUAGCCAGAUCCUUAACUCUGAGGCCUACUUGUCUUUGAAGGAGCUCCAAAACCAAUACAUCCAUCAGUCUGUCUGA